AGCGUCACGUCAGUAUUGACAGCUGUACCAUAGGCCACUGGUUACGACAAGUUCUUGACAAUAAGAAGAAACUGUCUUAUGAAACUCGUGUUAAUUUGAUUAAGAAUAAAUCGAGCUGUCAAAUAAUUGAAAAAUUUAAAUUUCGUUAUCCUACCUUGGAUAUUGAAAAAAUUCAUAAAUACCCAUAAAGAAGCUUACGCGGUGUAAUUAUUGAAUAUCAAAAAUCCGUAAUAAAUAUCGACUCUAAAAAUUUUUCAAAAAUUUACUUCUCAAAAACGAGCAUCGGUCGUGACUUACUCCGUAGUUCGACCAGAGUUUUUGAAAUUUUGAAAAAAAAUGCAUAAAUACGUUCCUCAAAUCAAAAUGGAUUAUUCCCAUUUUAAAACGGAUGUUUCAAAAAGAAGGCGAUCAGCCGCUACAAGAGAGCUGACAAAAAUUGCAUAUGCCGCACCCCAUAACGUUAUAUCAUUGGCGGAAGGGAUGCCAAACGAAGAAACUUUCCCAUUCGUCGAGAUGAGAGUGAAGCUUAAUGACGGAUCGUCAUUUGUCUUAGAGGGUGAAGAAUUGGGCGCAGCCCUGCAGUACAUUCCCAGUCAAGGAUAUCCAUUACUUUUACAGGCAAUGAGGGAAUUUCAAAGAAAAGCUCAUUCCCCGCCAUUGUGGGAAAGUCGCGACAUCGUCGUUGUCUCCGGAGGACAAGAUGGACUUAGCAAAGCUCUAGAGGCUAUAAUAGGACCCGGUGAUCCUGUCCUGGUACAGGAUCCCUUUUACCCUGGAGCUGGUGUCGUGAUCGCCCCGCAUCUGGUCGAGCUCAUACCAGUCGUCCAGGAUGAUUUUGGCAUCGAUCCCAUAGGAUUGCGUGAAACUUUGCGAAGUCGUAGAUAUUCUGGAAAAAAAAUGCCAAAGAUAAUGUACAUUAACGCAACGGGUGCAAAUCCUACAGGAACUGUACUAAGUUUGGAAAGGCGUAAAGAAAUUUACAGAAUCGCGUGCGAAUAUAAUUUUCUGAUACUGGACGACGAUCCUUAUCACUUCAUGUACUUCACAGAGGAGGCACCAAAAUCUUUCUUAUCUCUGGAUACGGAAGGACGUGUCAUCCGAUUAGAUUCCUUCUCAAAAGUCCUAAGCAGUGGACUUAGGCUUGGUUUCAUUACUGCAGCUGCACCGCUGGUGGCUAGUAUAGAGCUGCACAUGCAAAGCAGUCAUUUGCACGCACCAACCUUGUCCCAGGUUAUUGCGUACAAGCUCCUUAAGAUUUGGGGAUACGAGAAGAUGAUGGAACAUUUCCGUAGGAUACGAUUGUUCUAUAAGCAGCGAAGGGACUUGAUAGCAGGGUUGGCCAAGAAGCACUUGCAUGGUUUGGCUGAAUUCUCUUUGCCAAGCGCUGGAUUCUUCCUGUGGAUUAAGGUCUGGGGUAUUAAGGACACUUGGAAGAUGGUUAUGCAGCGUGGUGUUACUCAUGGUGUUCUUAUGGCUCCUGGUGCUGCCUUUAUGGCGGAUCCAUCUCAGCCAUGCAACGCCAUCAGGGCGAGUUUUGCUAAAGCUUCAUAUGAAGAAAUGGAUUUGGCUUUAGAAAGGCUCGCGAUACUUAUCAGAGAGGAGCUUGUACUCGGUGAUUCGAUCACUGAUAGUGAAAUAUGAUAUACUGCUUAUCUUCGGCGCUCAUUCUUACGGAUUUUAUCCAGCAUGAAAUGUCGAUUGCAUAGUACAAAUGGAAUUCGUUUAGAAGUUCUCGAAUGAUAAUUCGAAAUCUCCCAAAGAAAGUCUUUACCGUUGUGUGGAGCUGAGCAGAAAAAGCUGUAAUGUUCUACGAAGUUGCGGUCGGUAUACGGAAUGAUCGCAUCAACCGUCGGUAAAGAAAUUUGUUUUAUUUCCGUCGGGCAUUUUAUCGACGGAGCAUAAAGUAUCGGCACUGGAUAGUUCGCAUCUCGUAAGGUAACUGACUCAUUAACAUUUCAUGUUUUUAUUGAAAUUGACCAUUCUUUAAUGUUUUAUCCGUACGACUCUUCAAUCUCACUAUUAUUAUAUCACUUUUAAUUACAAUUUUGUAUUCACCUUACUCGAGCCAGAUAAAAGUUCCUUCUGUUAGACGCGUCUCUAAUUCGCACUGAAAAUUAGUUCGCAAUAUAUUAAUCAACGUGUUAGUAUUAUCACAAGGUCUCACGUAAAUUUUAAUUAUCAUUAAUGCACCUGUGUGCAAAAUCGCAUCGAUGUUACCGUGGACUGACAAUAAGUUCCUUACGAGUCGGUAUAGGUAAUGAGCAAAUGUAGAUGGCAGUACAACUAGCAAUAGUAUGCAUCAACACUGGUGCAACUUCAUUGCCGAUAAUGAUAACAGUAGAAAAACGUUAUUCCAGUACGUUUAAAAAUUCCACUAUUCUUAAUAGUGGAACAGGGUGCAAGGAAUCCUAGGUACAUCAGUUCGUUAGAUUUGUAUACGAUUUUUAUUUAUUUGUAGAAAGUAAUAUUUCAUGUACAAAUGCGUUCACAAGACGAAUGUAAAAAAGGAACUUUUUUUCUAUUACUUUCGUUGGACGUCUCGCAAUGCGUAAUAAGAGAUGUAAGAGAAUAAACUUUACACCUAGUAAAUGGACUGUAUGUAGAUUGUAGUAAAGAUUUGUUUAAGUAAUAACUUAAGCAUAAUUUUAAGCUGAUGCUCUAAAUCUUUUUUUUUUGUAAACCAACUUGCUCUAACGCUAUUGCAAUUAUAUUUGUAUCUUUCCUUAGGCUUUACGGUACUUAAUAAUUUAACAAUUUGUAUAACAUUAUUUUAUUUAUGUUUAUGGUGUGUUUAUUCACGAUCAAUAAACUGUUUUUUAAACAUAACCUCCCGUGAACAAAAAUUCACAAAAUUAUUACUCAAAAACAAAAAAUGACUUCGACAAUUUUAAAUUCCCAUACACGUGAGAGCAUGUGCUUUGCCGAAUUUACCACAAUAUUUUGAGAGCCACCCGGCGUAAUAUCUCAACACACAAAUGGCGAGCACGUUACAAAUGGUUCACUAAAUGCAUGACAGCAUCGUGCUCUGUAUCAUCGUGAACUCGAUUUUCCCUGAAAUACACAUUUUUACGGUAAA